AUGGAGUACGCGUAUCAGCAGUUUCACUUUCAAUAUUUGCUUAAGGUGGACUCGGAUUCAUUUGUUCGACUGGGUGCAGUCAUCAAAGCACUGAAGGAUAUACAACAUCCUCGUCUCUAUUGGGGAUUUCUAGAUGGCAGAGCGAAACCUAUCCGCAAAGGAAAAUGGCGUGAAGCAGACUGGAUUCUAUGUGAUCGCUAUUUGCCAUACCAGCUUGGAGGUGGUUAUGUUCUCUCUUAUGAGUUGGUUCGCUUCCUGGCACUUAAUGCACGCCUCUUCAAACUGUAUAAAAAUGAGGACGUCUCUGUGGGUGCUUGGCUUGCAGGGCUUGAUAUUAAGUAUGUGCACGAUCCACGUUUUGAUACAGAAUGGAAAUCUCGAGGGUGUAAUAACGAAUACCUCAUUACACAUAAGAAGACAGCUCAAGAGAUGGAGGUCUUAUACAGUAAUCUUGUGAAUCUUCGAGUUCUUUGUGAGAAAGAAUACCGUGUUAGGUAUUCAUAUGUGUAUGACUGGACAGCAUUACCGAGCGAAUGUUGUCAGCGAAGGAAUGGAACAAAUAUACCGUAGCC